AUGAUCAGAUUCCUAGGGAGGAAGUCCUUAUGGACAAGGAGUCACCAGAGGACAGGAGUCACAGGACUUAUCCGGCAACGAUUUCAGUGGCCAGACUCUGAUCAGACAAGACUUCAAGAAUCCAUCUUAAGGCAAGCCAACUUCAAGGGUGCAAAGUUGUUAGGUGCUAGCUUCUUUGAUGCAGAUUUGACUGCUGAUCUUCCAGGUGCGGAUUUCUCCUUGGCAAACGUAACAAAGGUGAAUUUAACGAACGCUAACUUGGAAGGAGCGACUGCUACUGGAAACACAUCAUUCAAGGGGUCAAACAUUACAGGCGCAGAGAUGAUCAAUGACAAUACCUUUGCAAAGUCGCGGAUGGGUGAAAAUUCUUCUGCUCUCUACACUUAA